GUUUAUAGUAAAACCAAGGUCUGCUCACUAUGGUACUAAGCAAGAGGUUUUCCAAGGACAUCAGCUCCAUGCUUCCAUCAGUAGAAGAGGCCAAGGAUGCAGAGGAGCAGGAGGGCACCCAAUCUAGUGUAGAGGGCAUCUCUAGCAGACCACCCAGCAGACCUCUUCCUUCCCUGAGCAGAGGAAGUGUGGACAAUAAGAUUGUACAAAGGUCAGCUACAGCAAGAUCCGUGAAGGAAGAAGGCAGCGAUGAUGAAGAUACUGAGGUCUCCGAGUCUAAAGAAAAGACGGUGCACAGUCACUCCGAAGACUUUACAAAAUCAAAAGAAAAUGACGAAGACUGUGAUACAGAUUUAGAAAUAGAAGACGCCAAACUGGCCUAUGAUCCCUCUGGUAAAUCCAGAUACUUAUCUGCCUGCCAGUUAUUUGGGGUUGUUCCAGUUUCAUACUACUUGCGUCACAUGGGCGACUCGAAACUUGUGAUGAGACACCAUGGGCUAGGUGCACAGGCUGCAAAAGCAAUUGCUCUCUCUUUAGUAACUAACACUUCAAUUGUCAGUCUUAAUCUCAGUGACAACUGGGUCGAGGGAGAUGGUGCAGCUGCCAUUACAGACAUGUUAAAAGAAAACUGUUACAUAUCAGAGCUUCACUUGUGUGAUAACAGACUAGGACUGAAAGGUGCCAAAGCUCUGUCAGGAAUGCUCAUGGAGAACAUGACACUACAGAAGGUAUACCUGUCUGGGAAUGAGUUUGAUGACCGGGCAACUCCCUGUUUAUCUGAUGCUCUUAUGAAUAACCAGAGGUUGGAAUGUAUAGACCUCAGCCAUAACAUGUUUGGAGAUGGUUCAGGUAAAAUUUUGGGGGCUGCCAUUGCUGAAAAUACAGGAAUGUUGGAGAUGAAUCUUAGCUGGAAUCACUUUCGUGGGAAGGGAGCUGUCGCCAUUGCUAAAGGCUUAGGGGCAAAUAUUUUCCUAAGAGUGCUGGAUCUUUCAUACAAUGGGUUUGGCAAUGAUGGAGCUACAGCUUUAGCAGAAGCCCUAAAGGCUAAUAAUGUGUUAGAAGAGCUAAAUAUAAGUAACAACCGCAUUUCAUUACAAGGAGCUGUACGUUUUGCUUUGUGCCUUAAAGAAAACAAAACUUUGAAAGUUCUUAAGAUGGCCAGAAAUCCAAUGCAGAGUGAAGGUUGCUUUGCCAUUCUAAAGUCUAUCCAAGCAAAUUCAGAGUCAGCUGUAGAAUCACUGGAUUUCUCUGAUAUUGUAGUAAAUAAACAGUUUGAUGAUCUGUACACUGUUGUGAAAACAUCUAUGCCAAAUUUGACAAUCAAACUCGGAGGGAAUUCUAACAUGUUUAAAAAAACCUUCCCAAAGGUCGAUCAAAUUCAAAAAGUUAAACAAUAUGCAAUGGAGAACAACCUGAAUCUGUCUGAAUUAUUCAGUAAAACCGAUGAGCAGAUUCAGAUGACUCAUGAAGACUUCAAACAGAAGUUAGCAACUUCUGGUAUUAUAAUGCCAAAUGAAGAAAUACAACAACUAAUAGGCUUUCUGGACAAGGACAAAACAGGCACUGUUGAUUUCAGUGCUUUUCAGAAAGCCCUGUCUUCUUGAUCUGGAAAUACAGGGGCAGUUCUUCCACUAAAUAUUCUUACUGACAACAGUCUCCUCUCGUUGCAAUUUGUAUUUUUUUAA